AUGGCUCGAGAGCCCGAAAAGUUUUCAAUUUUCCCAUCGAAAGCUUUAAUUUGUAACUUCGGCAACUUCGGCAAGACCGGCUGCGGCGUCCCCGACACCCCGGAAGCCGCAGCAAAAGCCUGCUUCCUAUUCUGCAAACGCGAUCUCACUGCCCUAACCUUCGAGUCGAACAUCGCGACCAAAAAAGGAGUCCGACAGGGAUGCAUACUAUCACCAAUGUUGUUUAACAUUUAUGGCGAGUAUAUUGUCCGUAAAUCUCUUGAAGGAUGGCACAAAGGGUUUGCUGUUGGUGGGAAGAGAAUUAAUAACCUGAGAUAUGCUGAUGACACUGUACUUUUGGCAUCUUCAAUAUCUGACAUGCAAGAACUUGUCAACAGACUGGAGGUCGAGAGCGGGAAGUUAGGUCUUGCAAUCAACCGAAGCAAAACCAAGCUGAUGAUUGUGGAUCGCGCCGGCCGCCUGUCUGCAGCUCCUACAAUCCAGGGUAUAGACACUGUUGAUGAGUUCGUAUAUCUGGGGUCAAAGAUAUGUAAUGAUGGCAGCUGUGUUCCGGAGAUCAAAAGGCGCAUAGGAAUGGCUAAAGAUGCCAUGACGCGGCUUCAGAAAAUAUGGCGAUCGAAGAACAAUAUGUACGGCACGUAG